GGGGUGUGGAAUCUUUUUAAUAUUGGGGGGUGUGGAAUAUUUUAUUAAAAAAAGACGACAUAAAAGUAAUUGCUUACUUCUGAAGUUCUCCGGUCUUCCCUCACUUUUCUGUUUUCUCAGUACUCCAUUGUCAUACCUUCACUUCAAGAGUCGUUAGGGUUUGAUAAAGAAUAAAAAGCUUCGCAUUGACGUUUUCCGUUCAUCACUGUCCAAAGUCAUGCUGACCGGAGCUACCAGAUUCGCCUCUAUGGCGGCUGCCGGAAUCGGAGUUAUCAGAAGCCGUCUUCGAAAAGCCCCGCCCGUUCAAGCAUCGGACCAAUUGCUUUGCAAUUCCACUCGUCCUGUUUCCGCUCUCACCUCAUCUUCCUCUCCGACUGCAAAGGCUGUCGUCGCCGAGGAGAACGACCUAAUCAUGGAAGCUGGGGAGCCCGUCACUAGACUUGUAUUUGGAGGCCGCCCUAACGUUGAAGAAUCUAAGGAAGCCACCGCAGAUUUGAAGGAGGUCUUGGAUGCGAUGUUUCUGUCAUCGUCUAAAUCCUUUGAAUCAGAAACUUCAUUGUUACCUGGAAUUUCUCUGCCUCUGAAUACUGAGAUGGUAGAUAACAGAUCUGGUUUAAUCAUAGAGAAGAAUACAAGUACUCCAGGGCCUGAACAUGUUCAUGAAGCAUUCCGUUUGCUUUGCUAUAGCUCUACAAUUCAGAAUAUUGUUGCUUCCCUCGCCUCUGACCAAAAGGUAUACGAAGCUGUGCUUGAGAAUUCUGAACUCAAGAAAUACAUCAACGCCUACGAAACCAGUUCUGGUACCUUUGAGCAUGAAGGAAAUGUUGAAUCAAAAGCAAGUGCCAUAGAAAAGCUCAGGAAUCUGAAAGAUUUCGUAGUUAAAAUGGUGAUUAAUAUACCAAAUCAUCUUCCGGGCUUAUUUGGAUUUUCAGCUGUGGAGAGUGGUUCCGAAUCAGAUGACAAACAAAACUCAACUAUGGAAGCUGGAAAAUUUGGAUCAGGCUUUGUGGAAAAGCUCAAGAAACUGAAAAAUUCAGUUGUUGAAAUGGCGACUAAUAUACCAAAUUAUCUUCCAAACUUUCAUGGAUCUCCAGCUUCAGAGAAUGUUUCUGGAUCAGAACAUAAAGGAAACACCCAAAGUUUCCCCCCUGAAGUGAAUUUAGGAACAUAUCUUACAGGCUUGGCAAUCAUGGUUAUUAUGAUUGUUGUCUUCAAGCGAGUUUCUUAGAUUCUGUCUCACCAGAUUGUGCUGGACUUGUGGAAGCUGUGUGUAUACCUUCAAAUAAAGGCUCCAGAGUUUGCUAGGUAUGUUAUGAGAGAUUAUCUCUUGCUUUAUCUUGAUAGUAUUAAGGUAGAUACUUUAUCUUAACAUAUCUGUUUAACUUUAUUUUCAUCAAUUCUCUGUAUUUGCAUGGAGAAUAUAUCUUGCUAUCCAUAAUGGGAUUGAUAUUAUGGAGUUUUUUGUAACCCAUUCCUCUACGAGGAAUAGACAUACCAACUAAGAAGUACAGGUACUUCUAAUUGUAUAGAGAAUCGAUAUCGGAUA